CGUUUCGCGCUCUCCCAUGGCGGAGCGGGAGGAUGUCGCUGGUGCUGGGGCUGCUGUCGCACACGCUGAGCAGAGUGCUGCGGUACUCCGGGCUGCGUAGGGGCUGCCAUGCCCCGCGCCGCAGGGCCAUGGAGCAGGACAAGGCGCUCGAGGUUUACGAUAUAAUCCGUACCAUCCGGGACCCGGAGAAGCCGAAUACUUUAGAAGAACUGGACGUGGUGACGGAAAGCUGUGUCCAGGUGGAUGAGAUCGGCGAGGAGGAGUAUCUGGUGGUCAUCAGGUUCACACCAACCGUACCUCACUGCUCUUUGGCGACUCUCAUCGGUAACGUUUGCUUCAUUAAGUCUUUAGCAGUGAAUGUGAAGUUAAUCUUAGAGUGUCUGAAUAGUGUUCCUCUUAGUUAAAGUUCAGUAGUGCUUUGCCGGCAGUUUGGCUGUGAAUUUCAUCUCGAGAGCCGUCCUGGCCAUAGGAACAGCACGGAGCAGAAGGAACGGAGCGUGGUUGAAGGUCAUACCGUAGGAUCACAGAAUGGCCUGGGUUGGAAAGGACCACAGUGACCAUCAGUUCCAACCCCCGCUGUGUGCAGGGUCACCAACCAGCACACCAGGCUGCCCAGAGCCACACCCAGCCUGGCCUCGGAUGCCUGCAGGGAUGGGGCAAACAGGCCUUCUGUUUUUCUCACAUUAGGAAGACUUCAGAACAAAGCAGCUCUCAAAAAUCUAUUCAGAAGUGGUACGGGACUCAGUGUGUGACCUCCAGGGCACAGCUCCUCAUUCUGUUACAGGAAAGGGUUAUGGUAACUAUCCUAAGUAUUCGGGCAGUAUGUGUAAGGAUGGAGGCAGUAAGCAGUUGUUUUCUUGGUUUUGUUCUUUUUUUUUUCCUAAACGUCCUCAUCUGCACAGAGUACUCUGAACUGCUGUGUCCUUCGGGGUGUGUUUGCUGUUAGCAGUGGCUCAGCUGAGCACAAAGCAGGGCUGCAGGGUGGCUGUGGCUGUCUGUGUGCAGCUCAGUGUGGAGCCAGGCAGGGGGCAGACGUGCAGCAGUGGGGGCGCCCCCUGGCUGGGGUGCUGCUCUCCAAGACAAACUGCACUUCUCCUCUGCUCAGUCACUGUGGAGACUUUCUCAGCAGUACUCCUUGCUAUAUCCAGAUCCAUGCCAGCGUAUUUGUGAAGCAAAAUUUGAAUGCUGAUUGUCGAUGCGCAGCUUAUUUUUUGGUAGAUUUAUUUGGCCACAGGGGUGAAUUUUUUUGUGUGCUAUUUUCAGUUAUUUUCCACUUCUGCAUGUUAGACAUCCGAAAUAGUGAAGUUAUAAGCUUGAGUUCCAAAUUGUUGCAGGCAGGCCUGUGUUCUUCCAACAUUUUGCUUUGGGUUUUUAACUAAAACAAGCUAAGCAUUCUUUUUAGCACAGAGACAGCCACAACAAUAGCCUGAGAGCUCUAUCAAAAAGGCAGAAGGCUGGACAUGGUGGAAUUUGCACGUAUGUGGUGUUUCUCAGGGGUGCUGGGGACCAAAACCUCCUAAGUUUGUAAGGCAAGUAUGAGCUCAGAGGGACUGCCUGCAAAGGGUCAGCAGUGUGAUUUGGGCUCCGUGCGGCCUUCGCUGCUCAGAGUGCAGAAGGAGAAGGUUGCCAAGUAUAGUGGUGGGUUUGAUUGUUAAAUACGUGUUCUCUGAAAAUGCACCUCAAACCCUGACUUUGACAGGAAUGUCUCUUAAUCUGUUUUGUUUAACAGGCCUUUGUUUAAGAAUAAAACUUCAGAGAUGCUUGCCUUUUAGACAUAAGGUAAGAUAUCGCCUCUGAAACUCGCUUUGAGCUACAAGAAUAAGUACUUCCAAUGCUAAGUUCUCUUUAAGAAAGGAGAUGCUGCAGGAUUAAGCAACUUGCAAACCGUGAUAAAGGUCUUUUAAAAAGCCUGUUGUUCACCUGUGGAGGGAGUGAAUGUUGCAGAACAGGGGAGUACGGGAAGGGGUCUCCAGAUAAACGUGGUGAUUCCUUUCCUUUACAAAAUGUAGUUUGUUGUACAGUGUUGCUUUUUGAAAUCUUUUGUUUCUAUCGUUGGUAGCUUCAUCUUUUCAGUUACGCAGUGUAAAGCCAGGCUUGUAUUUCUAGAUAAUUAGGUAGAUGGUGAUCUGUUACGCUGGACACGUGCUAACAAGUAGGUUUUGCUUCAGUGAGAUAAGAUAAGGUGCACUGGACUUGUUUGCUUUUCCUUUGGUACAGCAGUUUCAUUUCCUUGUAGUUCUAUUUGUGAGAAGUUGUUGGUUUGUUUGUUUUUUUCCCAGCCCUGUUCAGUUAAAUGCAUGCAGUCGGUUUGGGUCUGCUUAGCAUUUAGUCUUACAGUGUCUCCCCAGGCAGAAACCAGAUCAUGUGCUGUACUACCAUUUCAGGUAGAACAUGUAUUUCUUAUCACUGUGUAAGACUUAAAAGGGAUAUCUUCUUACACAUCUGUUCCUAAGGCUGUCUUUACAAGAGUUCUUAGCUUGUGAAAGUGACGCUUGCAAUUCUGGGGGCUUUCAAACAAAUGGUCCUUGAGCUGUGACCAGCAGAGGACUCGUUAGGAAGGAAAUGCCAAUUCUGCACUCUGUUUCCAGCAGCCCAGCUGCAAUGGAUUUUUCACAUGAGCCAUUGAUAUUAGUGAGACAUGAAUGAUGACGCAAUGGAGACAGAUCUAUUGCAACACAGUCACAAGGCUCAGAUCAGUUAUUGUCAUUGGUUCCCUUCCAUUGUCUAGGAAUGUUUUAAAAGGUAUGGAUUACAUGCAUUGUAUGUGUGUGAUAGUUUGUUCUUCUAGGACUGAAUAUAUUUUACAGUUGAUGUAUGCAUCUAACACUGAUCUCUCCUCUAGCUGGAAAUCUACAUAUCUGAAGGUACACAUUCCACUGAAGAAGACAGUAAGUGCAGCUUUAGACUCUGUGUUCUUUGAGAAGUUGCUGUUGUGCUGCUCAGUUAUUAGCAUGAAGAACCUCCUGCCUGGUUGAUGAUCUUAACGUGGUGAAGUUUCUCUGUGUAUGUUUAAGAUAAAACUUGUAGGACACUGAAGUUCUUCCAGAGCUGCAUUUAAUCACCAUCUCCAGCAGCUGCUAAAGCCUCUGUUGAGGCAGUGCCUCAGCCUAUGUUCAUAACCUGCAUUAAUCUUUGUAUGGGGGAAAACCAGUUCUUGCCAUUAAAUGACAAGACAUUGAACAUAGACUGCUAAUUUGUCACAAACUUCACGCUCCAUAGCAUGCCUUGGACUCUUUUCCUAAACAAGAAAAGCAAAAAACUUCAGCUUUUUGAUGGAUGUUUUUUGUGACUGAGCGCUGGCUUGCUCUUCGUUACAAUUUCCUAUUAACCUCUCCCUUCGACUCCUUGUCUUUUGUGCUAGGUUAUACAGCCCAGAUGUCUGCCUGCACAGUGCUUCAGCACAUAGUGCACAAAUCUCACGUUGGGUUAUUAUGCAAAUUUCAAUCCUCUGCCUGAAUCGGAAUCUGCAGGGAAUGGGCAGAAUGCACUGUUACUGUAACGCAGCAUUUCCUCCCUCUUGGAGUGGGCCGUUGCCUGGGCUUGGCAGAACCCCACCCUGUGUUUGUCACGCUCAUGGUGCAGCACGCCUGAAGUGCCACUGAGAGCUGCUUCUGACUUGACUUCCCCUAUGUUUUGCAGUCAACAAGCAGAUCAAUGAUAAGGAGAGGGUCGCAGCUGCGAUGGAGAACCCAAACCUGCGUGAGAUCGUGGAGCAGUGCGUUACAGAGCCUGACUAGGAGCUACCAUGCACACAGUCACCAUUUUGAUACAUUUCCUAAAACACCUUUGUUUAAAAAAGAGGAAUCAAAGCCUUGAGUUUAAUACUUGAGUUCUUUUUAUCUUCUGUACGUUUUUUAAAAAAAAUUGUUUAUAAGAUAGAUUUAAAUUAUGAAAAAUCAGUCUCUAAAAUAAAAGGAAGUAAAUAGU